UGUGGAUUUUCUAAUGCAAUAAAGUGUUGUUGAUAUAAACAAAUCAUUUACAUUCAAAUCUGUUAUUAAGGGCGUUAAAUAGAAAGAUAUAUGUAUCUAUUUAUACAAUAAAUACUUAUGCCGAAGGUAUCAAGGACGAAAUAUCUAGCGAAUCGUGCGGAAUCACGACCCAGAUAGACUUUAUACAUUCGACCUAUCUAAAUAGAAUACGAUGUCCGUGCUGCUAUCUAUGUCAACGCUGGUGCUUUAAUAAACUUGAGCAAAUUUAGACUUAGAUACACUAGCGAGGAAUCGUAUGCUGUAAAAUAACGAUCGAGUAAUUGGUAACGAUGUGAUCGUACAUAACCUUACUCGAAUAUUAAAUAAAUCGUAGAGAAAGUUAUUUACCUUGUCAGUAUAAGAAAGACCCUUUUACACAUUGGCGUCUUUCGAUCGUGGUCGCAUGGAAAUUUUUAUCAAGCCUAAUAAAUCUCGUGCCUCGAGAUUAAUCUCAAGAAAAAAUAAGGUGUUUGUGAAUGAGAGGUGACCAUGGUUUGUCCAAGCAGCGUCGUAGCACAUCUGUCGAAAUUUAUCGUGACGAUUGGUUGCAUGAAAACCCUUGGCAACCCCUACGGUAAAGCAAGCACCUGGUCACUACGUGCCUUCCAAAUUCUACUCUCUCACUCCAUCCUGGGGAUUCUUAGGUUCGGAGUUCCAUUUAUCACAUCAACAACCAUAAUAGCGAAGUAUCUAAGGAUUUUCUACGAUUGGUACUCCAAGAUUGUCGACGUUGCACCUCUGGCAUUGUUUACUGCUGGUAUCCUAAAUGGAUAUGGAAUUAAUGAAAAAAUUUGGCUCAUAGUAUUUUCUUUGGGCAUUUUGCCAAUAUUUUUCCAGCUGCAAUCAAAACGAAAAGAGAGUCAAAUAAGAAAGCAUCAAUUGUUACUAAAUAUUGCUUCUACGUUACAGCUGUUAAUGAUUACAUUGAUAGGCAUACGAAAUAGUAAUUACAAUGUUAUCAGUUUGGUCGCCUCCUAUAUUUUCGAACGAUUUUUCAUCGACGAGUUUUGUUACUAUUAUGAUAUCCCUAGUACUGACUUGACUCAAUACUCUCUGUGUUUCAUAGAAAUUUUUAUGGUUUUCACUUUAAACGAAUUGUGAACAAUAUUAAUAUAAUCGAACAGUUACUACAUUUUUAUAACUUUAAGGAAAUAAACAGAAUUUUCGUUUACAUACAUUCUUCGUUUCGAAUUUUGCCACGUUUUACGACGCAACAAA